AUGAGUAAUAAAAGACUUGAUUACGAAAACGAUAUUAUUUUAUCGAAAGAAGAUCAUUUUUUUGCUCUUGUUAAUCCAUACCAAGGAAGGUCACAUUUAAUUAUCCGUUCAAGAACAGAUAUUGAACCAGAUCACGGAAAUAAUUUAUUUGAUUUUGAUAGACCUCACAAAAACGAAUUUUGGUACAUUGUUCAGCAUGUAGUUGCCAUAUUACAAUGCCCUUGCUUACUUUGCCAUCACUUUGGCAAUUUCCGUAGUGCAGAUCAUUUCCACGUACACGUAGUUGUUAAAAGCAAAGAUUUUGCAGACUUUGCUUCCAAGAAAAUGGAAGGAAAGGAAACUCCUAAAGUCAUUUAUGACCAAAUUGAGAAAAAAUGCCAAUUUUUAAUCAAAAAACACUUUCAAUACAAAGAAGAUGAGCUUCACUUAAUCGAAACUGUCAAACCUGUCAGUGAUAAGCUCUGCGAAACAGAAUGGGAAGACUAUUAUGUUGAAAUUCAUGAAUAUUUUCCAAGAAUUAACUUUAUACCAAAGAAACCGAUCCUUUACGAGAAAGAUCCUCAAAGAUUACUCCAACAACUACAGUACUUGCGUGAAAGCGUAUUUAAAGCUAUGGUUUCUUUUGCCCGCUAUCACAACUUUACAGGUUAUCGUACAUGGCAGAAACUAUCUGGCGACGUUUUCAACUUCAACUACGAACGACCACCAUCAAGCUUAAUUUUUGGUGUUCUUCAGCCAUAUUCUCCAGAAUUAUAUGCAAUUCAUCCAAAUCGCGACGUCUGGCUUGAGAAUUGGAAGAAGUGUCAGGACCAUCCGAAGAAUCGUCUGCAUUUUGCAUUCGACCCAUUAUCUUGUGUAUAA